GAGAAAUUAGAUAAGUUAAAAGAGAGAGAGAGUAUGAAGAUGGAAGAAUAUGCCAGAGAGACAGUUUUAAUCCAUUUCGUGAAGUGCUAAACUUAAACACACUUAUAGAAGGGGCCACGUAUUUGGCCGACCAGUAAAUUGAUUAGAUUGAGCAACCUAUUUUAUGAACCUGACUACCAUAUUUUGGUAUGCAAAAUACCUUUUAGGAUGCAUAUAGCGAUGUACUUAUAUGUACAUAUACAAGUGUGUUAUACUUGAUCAUAAGCCUACACAUAUAUGUGCACGGUAACAAAAAAAUUAUAGAAUGUGAGCACGCAUAUUAUUAUUACACUAACUAGACUAGAGGAAAACUUACUUGCUUAUUAGUUAGACUGAAUAAAAUAACAACAGUUUUGCUUAUUGGUUCAAAUAUAAAAAGUUGAUUCACUACUAAAUUUCAUCCAAAAAAAAUGGGUUUAACAUUUACAAUCCCAAAAUUCAUUCUAUUUUGCUUAAAUUUUCUACUUGUGAUUAUUGGUUUGGCAUUAAUUGCUGUCGGUGCAUGGGUUACAGCAAAUGAUCAAAGUUUUAUUGAUACCGUUCAAUUUUUUUCAUCAUAUAAUGCAUUUGAAUUGCAAUUAUAUCAAGGAACAAGUUUAUUACGUUAUUUCAGUUAUGGUGUGAUUAUAAUUGGCUCAUUAUUAGUAGUCAUUAAUUUUGUUGGCUGUUGGGGUGUAGUAAUCGAAAAUCGAGGAUUACUUAUGGCAUUCGCUGGUUUGAUGAUUACCCUAGUUCUACUUGAAUGUGGAGGUGUUGCAGCGAUGGCUGGCACACAAAGUUUGUGGAAGGGAGAUUAUAUGAAAAUGAUUACACGUCGAUUUGUAUCUGAAUACCGUGGAACAUUUGGAGCUUUUCCAAUUUCAGAAUUUGAAGAUUAUUCAUUAAAAAUGGAUCAAUUGAUGAUUGAACUUGAAUGUUGUGGAUUACAAGGUUCUCAAGACUUUUCAAACACACAAUCGCGUUGGUAUCUUGAAGGCCGAAAAUAUUCAGAUGGUACUACUGGUGAUGCGAUUAAAAUUCCUCCAGCAUGCUGUAAAUAUACUUCAAAAGAUUUUUGGAGAAAAGCUGAUUAUGGAAAAUUUCAAGACAGUCUUAAAGAUAAAGAUUGUGUAAAAACAACAAAUGAAUCAAAUAUGAAAGUUGGUUGUUUAAUUGCAGCAAAAAAUAAAACAGAGAAAACAGCCCUCCCAUUCAUAGCUAUUCCAAUUAUACUUUUCCUGUUACAGAUUGCUACUAUCGGGAUUUCUAUCUUUUUAAUUUGCCGAAUUCAAAAAUGGGAUAAUGAACUCUACUAUUAAAAGUCAUUUUCACUUUUAAUGAAAUAGAUGUAUGUAAAACUUGAAAAGUAUUAUAGAUAAAAAAAAAGAAGAACAUUUUUAACGACUAAGUAUGAUUAUUAUUAUUAUUGUAUUCAAUAUCCUUAAAACAGUCUUUAAUCGGUUCGUUGUUAUCGGAAUGAAAUACAGAAAAACCGGUUAGAUGAUAUAACAUAUUGAAUGUUUGUAUUGUUACCAUUUAAUUCAAUUAAUCUUUUGUUUAAAAUAAUAAAAUGAUAUUUGUAAAUGUAUGUGUGUGUGCAUGUGUGUAUUUGUAUGGAUAGAUGUUUAUUUUGCUUCUUUUUUUGUUGUUAUUCUUAAAUAUUGAAUCAUUUUGGUUUAUACAGCCUUCAAACAUUUUAAUUGUUUGAUAGGCUAGAUUGUUUUAUAACUGCAUAAAAAACGUAGGCGCAUUGUUUGUUUUGUUGUUUUUUUUUGUUGUUGGUGUUAUUACUUUGACCUAUAUAUAUACACUCCAUGUUCAAAUAAUUGAUUUUUUUUUUUCAAAUUAAUGUUAAUUGAAAUAAAUGUUGUGCCUCAAAAAUCAUGGAACUCAA